ACCACCGGAAGAGUGAGUGUUCGGCCCCGCCCCGGCAGCGCAGUCAAUCCAACCUGAAGAGAAGGCGAGUCAACGGCUAAAAAUAUAAUAGCUAACACAAGAUGGCCGGUUUGCCUCGUAGGAUUAUAAAGGAGACACAGCGGUUGUUGGCAGAGCCUGUUCCAGGGAUCACGGCUACGCCUGAUGAAGGGAACGCACGUUACUUCCAUGUGGUCAUUGCAGGGCCUCAAGACUCUCCUUUUGAAGGAGGCACAUUUAAACUUGAACUAUUUCUUCCAGAAGAGUAUCCCAUGGCAGCUCCCAAAGUGCGAUUCAUGACCAAAAUCUACCACCCCAAUGUUGAUAAACUGGGAAGAAUAUGUUUAGACAUUUUGAAAGACAAGUGGUCUCCAGCUCUGCAGAUCCGUACAGUGUUGCUAUCUAUCCAGGCAUUAUUAAGUGCUCCCAAUCCAGACGAUCCCCUGGCAAAUGAUGUUGCAGAGCAGUGGAAGAAGAAUGAAAGCCAUGCCAUCGAGACAGCCCGAACAUGGACCAGGCUCUAUGCUUCCAAGACUGAAGUAUAGAGGAAGAGAGAUGAGGCAUCUGAAUGUGAUCCACAAAAUGUACUCCUAUUCUGUCAACAUUUGCUUUUAAUGGACACAAAAAAGUGAAAAAAAAAAGAUUUUGAGUCCAAAUCUAUUCAAAAGAAAUGAUGAGAUUUACUGCUGCAGACCUCUGGGUGACUGAUUUUCCUCUCUAAGACGCGUUAAAUGUGUGUUAGCCAACCCCCCCACCCCAACUGUGUUGCUAUUUAAAUGCAUGGACAGAGAAUGACACCCUCCCCAAUACAGUCUUAAAAGAACAUAUUCAAACGACAUGAAAUAUGUUAUCCUGCACUAGGCACAUACUGGUACGUCUGACAAAGAAACAUGCAUUUAAAGGUGUCCUUCUUUUAACUCAUGCAUUUUUUUAUCAACACAUCUGUAUGUCUUUUGUAUGAGAUGACACAUUCUGUUAUUUAGACACUUGACUUUCUCCAACCUUUAGACAGCAGAUAAAAUAUUUGAAUCAACAUUGUCUUUACUCUUUUUAGGUAAUAUAUUACACAAAAUGAUCCCUAAUGUUAAACAAAGUGAGGAAUAUUUCAGCUUGACAACUCUUCACACAACUGAACAUUUAGCUAAUGGUGAAACAUCAUCAAGAGAAGACGAAGUGCUUGAUUUUAAACAUAAAUGUAAAAUUUUCCACAUUCUACAUCAUGAAGCAUCUUUGGCAAUCUUUGUCGCAGUUGUUAUAAAAGCAGGUACAUUGAAAGGAUUCUCUACACCUCUUAAAUGUUUCAAUUCAAAACUGGCCUUCUAAAACUGAAGCAUUUGCCUUGAGUACAACUUCUGAUAAGCUGUAGAACACAGACUGAACUAAGAACAGACAGGAAGUACUUUUACACCCAGUACUUUAUGUACUAGUGUUGUAAAUUGUGCAAUUUUGUCUCAUUUACAUCUCAACAUCUGUCCUGGAUAAUAUGAAUAGCUACCUGAACUCAGUAUUCUGCUUAUAAUAAUCUAAAAUGUAUUAAACCAAUGUGAGGUUUUGUUCUUUCACAGCCAUGUCCAAAAAUAGGUUAGGCUCUAAUAUAAAAUUCUGUCCCACAAACAACAUCUUUGCACAAUUUUAAGAAAAAAAAAGUCAAAAUUGGACAUUUUGGGGAGGGUGAGCACGUAUGUGAUGCUUCCACACACUUAAAAAAAUAGUCAUUCCCAACAUAUUGAAAUAUGUAGAAUGACACAACAUAUCCCAAGUUGCUUUUUAACAUCACACCCUCAAAGUCACAUUUACAAAAUACUGUGUUGAUAAGGAACCACUUGCAUGUUGUAGCAGACUACAGAGGUGUGUUGAAAAUGAAGUCCUUUUUGAAGUUGUAGGAAGCUGACUGACUUCUGUUUUGUUUCUUUUUAAAAUUGUCUGUCCAUGCUAUCCAUGUUGCCUGUUUAUUUUAUUUUCAGUGUUACUUCAUUAAAAUGGCAUAUACCAUAAACCGGACUGAUACCAGAACAUUUGGAACUUGUUUUCUUCAUGCUGUUUAUGAGGUCUUUUAAGAGGAAAGUUGAAGGGGUUUUUUGUUUUGUUUUUUCUUGUUAUUUGUAAACUUGUUCACACUUUUCCUGCCGGUCUGUGGCAUUCCUGUUAAAAAUGAGCUGUGAUGAUUUAUGCAAGUGAAUUUCAUUGAAUCUUGAGGAAGAUGGGUCAUUGUGGUAUCAAAAUAGUUACAAAUAAAAAAAUGUUCUAGAUUAAAAGAUGUAUCACCCUCAUCAAACUGUUACAGAUUUCCUAUUGGCUGAAGGUUUUAACAGUUCAUGAAAAUGACUUCAAAUCUGAAAGUUUCCCUUUAAAAGAUAGGUAUUUGUUCAUUUAAUACAUAAAAUUAUGAGACGUUCUUUGCCCAGUAGCUUAGACCCUCUGUGAUCAUAUUGCUUCUGUAUGGCUCGUCUGAGGGAGGAUUGUAAUGUUAUCCCGUAGUAAAACUAUUUUUUGUUAAGCAUUCUUUAUUGGUUGCUGUUUUUUCUCUCUCUCUUUUUAUUAUGGAUUAAUGCAGGCUUGAUGUUGCUUAGAUUUGUUUGUGUCUCAUCCUCACCCAGAAAUAUUAACCAGCUGUUUCUGACUGCUGCAUUUACUCAAGUCUGUAAGAUGGAGCAUGGCUUAAAACCUGGUUAAUUUAUUUGUUUCCCUGAGAGACUUGAGGGUAAUCUUAAAAAAGAAGCAGUCACUGGAAUUUUGAAGCAUCUAGAUCAAAGUAUCAAAGAUCAAAAAUCAGAUUAAUCAGCUCCCCAUGUGUAAAAAAAAAAAAAAAAAGAGUUCUGUCAGUAAUUUCAGUACAUUUGAAUACAUGGCUCUUCAAAUACUCUGUAAAUAAACUGAGUUGACUAAGUAAGCA